AUGCGAGGAGACAAUCGUCUCGGGCUCCGCUCGGGUGGGCAGCGAGCGUCCGCUGCUCGCUCUGCUAACGCCGAGCGGGUGAGCGGGCCGCACGCCACGCACCACAGUCCUCUCCUAACCGCGAGUGAGCGCGCUGCUGCCGCGGCGCGCCCUCCGUUGCAGGCACAUGCCUACGAAAUGUCACCUACCUACAUUUCCCGAUAA